AGACUAACUUCACAUUGUCUCGGCGGCGACGGCGCGGCUGACUGACUGGCGCUGCAGUAAGUUGUGCGAGUGGCGGCCGGCUGCAGCAACAAGGCGUUGCAUGGCAUUGCAAUUGCAUUGAUGGUCCUUCAUGCUCAGAUCCUGCUGCUGCACCCAGUCGGAAUCCGCACGCCCGGCUCUGCCCAACAUUGCUAUGUUUAAUUUCUCGAUCUGCUUCUGACUGCGGCUUUUCCUCUGGUGGCGGCUGACGGGGACGAUGACUGAGUACAAACUGGUGGUGGUUGGAGCAGGUGGCGUUGGCAAGAGUGCCCUGACCAUCCAACUCAUCCAGAACCAUUUCGUGGAUGAGUAUGACCCCACAAUUGAGGAUUCCUACAGGAAACAGGUUGUCAUCGAUGGAGAGACAUGCUUGCUGGACAUUCUGGACACUGCUGGCCAGGAAGAGUACAGUGCUAUGCGAGACCAGUACAUGCGGACUGGAGAGGGCUUCCUCUGUGUCUUUGCCAUCAAUAACACCAAAUCGUUUGAGGACAUUCACCAAUAUAGAGAGCAGAUCAAGCGGGUAAAGGAUUCUGACGAUGUUCCGAUGGUCCUGGUGGGGAACAAGUGUGACCUCCCAUCCCGGACAGUAGAAACGCGGCAGGCGCAGGACCUGGCCCGGAGCUACGGAAUCCCGUAUAUCGAGACCUCAGCCAAGACCAGACAGGGCGUGGAGGAUGCCUUCUACACCUUGGUCCGAGAGAUUAGUCAGCACAAAGUGAGGAAAUCGAAUCCUCCCGAUGAGAGUGGUCAGGACUGUAAUAACUGUAAAUGUGUGAUAUUGUGACCAGGGUCCCAGCAGCGGUGGUCGGACCCCAGCUCAGCGCCAAUGGAGGGGCGGCAGCAGGGGGAAGUGAUCGUGGGGGAGUUGUCCAAAGUGGGCACCGGUUUCCUGCCCCCGAGUACCCCCUCCGAGAGCAGGGCUCACCCCCACCUGCAUGUCCAUCCUCAAACAGAUUUACCCACCUGUGUUUUUCCCCUUCAAUCACCUAUCCCAAUCCCACUGACCCCGCGUGUCUGACUGUGGUUUGGUCACUGGAAUUGGGUGCCCCCUACCCCCCACCCGCAACGUGAUCGAACAGUGGUGGGCUGGCAUGAGGUGGGGGGAGGGAGAGGUUGUGGGACUCUUGCUGACCCCCCCCCCUCCCCUCGUUCUCUGGGGAAGGGCUGCCCACACGUUGUUGCUUUUCCCCCUCCUAUCCAUAACUCUUUCAUUGCCAAAUGGGGCUCUGGGAGGGGUUCACCAAUCUGCAUUCCCGCACCCACCUCACUCUGUGGACCCUUCAGAACUCAUCACCCAACCCCUAGCUGAGGGGGAGAGGUGGCGGGUGGGCAGUGGAGAGGGUCAUUUGUGGAAGGAUGCCCCAAGCGUCCCAGACGUGAAUGUAGGGGGUAGUAUCCCACAUCUCCUACCUACUGCCACUUCUCCCAAUCUCAUCAGGUCUAGUCCGCUGGUCCAUCCCCACCCCAAACCCGAGCGGACAAACCCCCCCUCCCCUCUCCCCUCUCUAUCCUUCGCGUUAUUUAACACGUUGUACAUUUCCAAAGAGAAAUAAAGAUGGUUUGAGAAUGAA